AUGGCAGCCGCUCGUCCUACAGUGAGUGUUUACUCAGUUCAAGGUGCAGUCUCUGAGAGCACUGUGCCUCUUCCCUUCGUGUUCAAGGCUCCCAUCCGCCCUGAUGUGGUCCGCUCUGUUCACACUGCCGUCGCCAAGAACAAGCGUCAAGCUUACGCCGUUUCUGAGAAGGCCGGUCACCAAACCUCUGCUGAAUCCUGGGGUACUGGUCGUGCCGUUGCUCGUAUUCCCCGUGUCGGUGGUGGCGGUACUCACCGUUCCGGUCAAGCUGCCUUUGGUAACAUGUGUCGUAGCGGUCGCAUGUUUGCUCCUACCAAGACCUGGCGUAAGUGGCAUGUGAAGGUCAACCAGAACCAAAAGCGUUAUGCUAUUGCUUCCGCUGUUGCUGCUUCUGGUGUUCCUUCUCUCCUUCUUGCUCGUGGUCACCGCGUCGAGGAGAUCGCUGAGGUUCCCUUGGUUCUUGCCGACGAGGUCGAGUCUAUCAAGAAGACCAAGGAGGCUGUUGCUGUCCUUAAGGCUGUCAAGGCCUACCGUGACGUCGUUAAGGUCGCCAACUCUCGCAAGCUUCGUGCUGGCAAGGGUAAGAUGCGCAACCGCCGUUACGUCCAACGUCGUGGCCCCCUUGUUGUUUACAACGAGGAUGCUGGCAUUACCAAGGCCUUCCGCAACAUUCCCGGUGUCGAGCUCGUCAACGUCCGUCGCCUCAACCUCCUUCAAUUGGCUCCCGGUGGACACUUGGGACGCUUCGUCAUGUGGACCAAGUCUGCUUUCGCUCUCCUUGAUGCCCUCUUCGGCAGUGCCACUGAGGCUUCCGAGUUGAAGAAGAACUACUUCCUCCCCACUAACAUCAUGGCUAACGCCGACGUUACUCGUCUCAUCAACUCUGACGAGAUUCAAAGCAGCAUCAAGGCCGCUGGCCCUGCUCGCGUUAAGCGUUCUCACGUUCUCAAGAAGAACCCUCUCAAGAACAAGGCCAUCAUGGCUCGUCUUAACCCUUACGCCAAGGCUUACAAGGCUAACGUCAAGAUCAACACUACCAAGACUCCCAAGGCUGCCGGUGAGAAGUUCUUGGCCGUUCUCGCUGAGAACUAA